ACCUGCGCGCCGCCUCGCUCUGCCCUAGCCGCCACCCACCCGCCCCUGCCUCGAGUGCAGGAGUCACCGCGUCGGCCGUCGGCGAGGAGUGAGCGCGAGGUCGCCAGCGCCCACUGCGGCUCGGCUCGGCUCUCCGUUCUCACCGUCGCCGCGUCGGCCGUCUGCGCCUCUGCGGUCUCUGCCGGGCGCCGGCCUUGCCGACGCGGCGCAGCUCCGCCCCACCCGGCACCCGGGCACCCCGACCAGCCCCAGGCACCAGCCACCAGGCCGUCCAGGCCACCAGUGCUGCACGCCCGUCGCUCGCACGGCGCAGUAGCGCAGAGGCCACAACCCAAUUGGAGAUAUCACCAGUCAGUUCGAGAAGAAAGGAUUCUACCUCAAGGGCAGAGAUUUGAUCUAUGUAGACCUGCAAAGCACAGCCUGAUGAUAUCUUAAACACCUGGAUAAAAUCUUCCUGAUCCACCACUGAAUAGUGAGUACUAAUAUCGGUUUAUUUCUCAAAGUUCUUGGGUGCAGCAGUGAAGAGGCAAUGGAGAGAGGCUCCGCUGCAGAACACAGCAGAGAGAAGGCUGUGAUGGGCAAUGAGGAGGGGGGGAAAGAAGGCCAGAUGAACAAGAAAGGAAAGGGCCAGAGAAAGGAGAAGAAAGAGAAGAAGGUCAAGGGUUGUGGCGGCAAUGGUGAUAGAUCAAUGUUUUCUUGUAACAUGAAGCAUAGUGUCGAGAUGGAGCAGGUUGAAGUGUCAGGCGAGAUGUCUGAAAACCCCUGCUCGGAGCAUUCCAAGGGUGGUAUGAGCAAGAGUGAUGGAAAGAAAUAUAUGAAGAAAAAGAAGAAAGACAAAGAGGUUGAGACUGUUGGGAAGAAGCAUACACUUGAUGCUAAUGAUGAAAAUGUAGGGUCAGAGCAUGUAGAAACGAACAAGAGUGAAGGAGAACAUGAUAGCAAGUCUAAGAAGGGCAAACAGAAACUCCAGGAUGGUGAUACUGCCUCAGUUGGUUCUGCCGGUGAUCAAAUUGUAUCAGGAGAAGAUAAAAAGAGGAAAAAUUCAGUUACCUUGGAAGAAGACAAGCAAGUUGACCUAAGACAGAAUACACCUGCUGGGGGAGAUGGUAAGAGUGAUAAUAAAAAGAGAAAAAAGAGUAAAGAUAAGAAUGAAGGUGGUGAAAUGGAAAAAGAAAAGGUGGCACAGCAAAAGGGCAAGGGUAGGCGAGUGAGCUUCACUGAUACUGUUGAGAUGUUCAGUAUAGAUGGUGGCGGUGAUGAAGAGGGUGAUGAGAGUGGUGAAUCCGGACUUGUGCAUGGCCAACGGUUUACCCCAGAAGAAGAUGCGAAACUAAUGGAAGCCAUCAAGAACUACACAGAGAUGAAGCAAUUGGGAGAGAAAGGUUUAGAGAUGAUUCGGGCUAGUAUUAAACAUCCUGAGAUCAGGGGUUGUUGGGCUGAAAUAGCAACAUCAUUACCUCAUAGACCCAUGAUGGCUAUAUACAAACGAGCGCGAAUUUUACUCUAUAGGAGUGAUGAACGUAAAUGGACUCAACAGGAGUACGAGAUCAUUCGGCGAUUUGUAGAAAAGAAUGGCACAGGUUGGAAGAAAUUGGCAAUGGAACUUGGAAAGAGUGAGAUCCAUGUAAAAGAUACUUGGAGAAGAAUAAAACCUAAAAAUUUGAAAAAAGGGGCUUGGACUCAGGACGAGUACCAAAAUUUGUUUGAUUUGGUGAAUUUUGACUUGCGUGUGAAAGCCCAUCAAAAGUUUGAUCCUGGUCAUCGUCUGCUAAGAGAUAACAUUUCUUGGGAGGCCAUCAGUGACAAAUUAACCACCCGUAGUCACUAUGAAUGCUGCUUGAAGUGGUACCAGCAAUUAGCAUCGUCACUGGUUAAGCAAGGCACCUGGGCAGAUACUGAUGAUUAUCUAUUGGUGGAAGCGCUUCAAAGGGUUGAUGCUGUUUGUGUUGAAGAUGUUGACUGGGAAAGACUUCUUGAUCACAGGUCUGGGGAGCUUUGCCGUCAACGAUGGAACCAGAUGGUCCGCAUGAUCGGUGGCCACAGAGAGAAGCCUUUCAUCGAGCAAGUGGAAGUGCUCUCGAGGCGGUACUGCCCGGAAAUGCUUGAUUAUAGGAAAUGAGAAGCAUGCGAAUUACCUAACAACAUCUGUUGUAGCCUGUAAAGCGUCUGCCCUAUGGAUUGUAUGGCAUAUGUGGAAAUGUAAGUUGUAUGCCUGUAUGUGGUUCUUAACUGCAGAUUGUAGACAUCCAUGCUUCAGUGGUAGUCUUUCACUUGA